GUCUUAACAGCAGCAGCAACGUGUUUGGGCGCUGGCUGUGCGGGCGGCUUGUUCGUUUCGGAGUCUGGCGCUAUAGAGACGGAGCGGCGCUGAGUGCUCUUGCAGAUUCAGGAACUUAUCCACAUCAAGAUAACAAUGUCUGUCAAUGAGAAUGCUGGUGGAACAGCUGCCCGUCUGAAUAGAUUCAAGAAUAAGGGAAAGGAUUCCAAUGAAAUGAGGCGGCGACGGAUAGAAGUCAAUGUGGAACUGAGGAAAGCCAAAAAAGAUGAACAGAUGCUUAAAAGGAGAAAUGUUGGCACUUUCCCUGAUGAUGCCACUUCUCCUCUGCAGGAAAACAAUAGAAGCAAUCAGGUCACUGUCCACUGGUCCAUUGAUGACAUUGUUAAAGGAAUCAAUAGCAAUAAUGCAGAAGUACAGCUGCAAGCUACACAGGCAGCCAGGAAACUGCUAUCCCGAGAAAAGCAGCCUCCAAUAGACCAAAUAAUCAGAGCAGGCUUGAUUUCAAAGUUUGUGUCCUUCCUGGGAAAUACAGAUUGCAGCCCUAUUCAGUUUGAAUCUGCUUGGGCACUGACCAAUAUUGCCUCUGGCACAUCAGAACAGACGAAAGCUGUAGUAGAUGGUGGUGCAAUCCCUGCUUUUAUUUGUCUGCUGGCUUCUCCCCAUAACCACAUCAGUGAGCAAGCUGUGUGGGCUUUAGGAAAUAUUGCAGGUGACGGUUCUGCCUACAGGGACUUAGUUAUUAAAUAUGGUGCACUUGACCCACUUCUGGCCCUGCUUGCUGUUCCUGAUCUCUCUUCUAUAGCUGUUGGCUACUUGCGUAAUGUAACUUGGACCUUGUCAAACCUUUGUCGUAACAAGAACCCUGCACCACCCAUAGAAGCUGUUGAGCAGAUCCUUCCUACGUUAGUUCGCCUACUGCAUCACCAUGACCAUGAGGUUUUGGCAGACACAUGCUGGGCUAUUUCUUACUUGACUGAUGGCUCAAACGACAGAAUUGAAAUAGUAGUAAAAUCUGGGCUAGUGCCUCAGCUAGUGAAGCUCCUGGGAUGUGGAGAAAUUCCAAUAAUGACUCCUUCAUUAAGGGCCAUAGGAAACAUUGUAACAGGAACUGACGAACAAACACAGAUUGUUAUAGACUCUGGAGCACUUGCUGUCUUUCCGAGCUUGCUUACUCACCACAAAAACAACAUCCAGAAAGAAGCAGCUUGGACCAUGUCUAACAUCACUGCUGGCCGACAGGAUCAGAUCCAGAAGGUUGUGGAUCAUGGGCUUGUCCCAUACCUUAUUGGCAUCUUGAAAAAGGGGGAUUUCAAAUCCCAAAAAGAAGCUGUAUGGGCUGUGACCAACUACACAAGUGGUGGAACCAUCGGCCAGAUCAUAUACCUUGUUCAGACUGGGGUUUUGGAACCAUUGUUGAACCUGCUGAUGGUUAAAGAUGGCAAAACUGUCCUUGUGAUUCUGGAUGCCAUUACUAACAUCUUUAUGGCAGCUGAGAAAAUAAAGGAGACUGAAAAGCUUUGCAUCAUGAUUGAAGAGUGUGGUGGCUUAGACAAAAUUGAAGCUCUACAAUCCCAUGAAAAUGAACAGGUGUACAAGGCUGCUGCAAAUCUGAUUGAGAAGUACUUCUCAGCAGAGGAAGAAGAUGAGAAUGUUGUUCCAGAAUCUAGUGCUGAUGCAUACACCUUCCAGAUUCAGGAAAGUAGUGAUGGUUUCAACUUCUGAACUUUAUGUCAAAGCAUUCAACCUGUCUUCCCUGUCUGUCCUUUUAUACUGCCCUUUUCUAUGUGAAAUGUGAAGUAGCACUUUGUUGCAACUGAAACUACUUGAACAGUUCACAGGCAGAGUACAUACCCUGUGAACUAGAUGUCUUCCUUUGCCUGUGCUUUUUGUCUUUGUUUUAUAUACCUGUAAUUCUGUAUCUCUGAAUGGUCUGUAAGUCAACUUAAAUUAGAUUUAGGCUGUCUGUUAUAUCUGAAAGACUGAAACAGAACAUGGGCUAUUAAUCUUUUGAUAACUGCCUGAUGAACAUUCAUAAUGGCUUCCAGAGCUGAAGCUAUGUAGCAUAACAACCUUUGGCCACCCAAAGGAGUUCCUGCCACUAAGAGCUCACUUUGCAUUCAUGGUAAAGACUCAAUUAUUUUAAAGAAUACUUGUUCAAACUUAAUAAACUGGUAUCUAAAUAUAA